GCGAGUUUCAGUUUGUCGACUUAAUAGAACAUGUGAUUCAUAUUUACUGAUUUAGUAGAAAGUAUAAACGUUUUUGAUUUAUUACCUCGCCAUCAUAUGUAAUACGAAAUUAUCCUGAAAUCUACGUAUAUUUAGUAAAGUGGAGUGUAAUAUAUGCUGUGUAUUGGUAAAAGAUGUCACUGAGGGAGGAGAUUGCCAAGUUGACCACCCCAACCCCCGUGUUCUGUGACCCAGAGGACGACAUAGACGAUGUCACUGCCGCCAAAUUAACAGAGAAGUCUGCAGAUAAUGAAGAGUUUGCUCCCUUGCCAGCCAGUAAAUUAAGACAACGAGUGGCAGCACAAUCGGCAAGCACAGAAAAGAAGUAUGCUGGUCGCAAAAUAUCCCGCUCUAAGCUGGUGGACCUUGAUUCAGACAACAGUGAGUCCGAGCAGUCAUCAGGGAGCAUGUCAGGUGAAGAAGACAGUUCUCUGAAUGAUGAAGAGAUGAUGGUAGUGGAGGAGCAGGGUGAUGAAGAUGAUGAGGAUGAAUCAGUAGGCAGCGAGGACAUAAAAACGACAGAGGAGGUGGAGGAGGAGUUGUCUGCCCUUGGAUUGUUCAAGGCUAAGAUGAAAUCAAGCACAGAUACACAGCAGCCUGGGCAAAAGUUUAGUUUUGUUGAUGAUGGAGACUACAGUAAAUACUAUGACUCAGGGGAAGAUGGUGAGGAACGCAGUGAUGAGGAUGAAGAAGAAUCAGAUGAAGAGGAAGAAGAGGAGGAUGAGGAUAAAGAGGGGUCUGAGGAGGAGGAGGAGGAGGAUGAAGACAUUGAAGAUGAAGAAGAAGAUGAAGGGGGAAUGAGCAGUUUCUCAAAGUCUCAGCUGAAUGAGGAGAUACAAAAAGGAGAGGCGGCCCGACAACAGUUAGGUUUGUGGGAUAGCUUGUUGGAAGGAAGAAUCAAGUUUCAGAAAAUUCUGUCAGCUGUCAAUCAACUUCCUCAACCUGACACCUGGAAGGAGUUUGAAGAAUCAGGGGAAGACAACUUUAAAGAAAAGAAAGCUUCAGCGAAGUCCUUGUUAGAGAAUCUUCUUCAGAAAUUGAUCCAGCUGCAGUCGGUCCUUCUACUUCAGAACUCAGAAACUCAAUACAUUGAGUCUGGUCAGAAAAAGCCAGUAAAGAAAUCAGAGGACCCAGACGAUGAGGAGAUAACGAGUGAAUCAGACUCUGAGGAACCACAUGAAGCGACAGGAAACGUAAAGGAGACUAAGACAGCCGUCAAACGGAAACUCACCACAGAGGAAAUCCCAGAAUUCCUGGCCAAGCGCCACAAAGAUCUCCAUAGUUACAGAAAUGACACACUGCAGAAGUGGUACGACAAGACCCGACUACUGGGAGGGAAACUGUCCAGUAAAUCCUUCAGUGGAUUCGAGCAGUCGGCCGUGAAACAGAUAGAGCAGAUUUUGACUGAUAAGGACAGACUGGUCAAGAGAACUCAGAUGAAGAGGGCGAGUUACAGAGUGCUGGGUAAACCAGAGGAAUCUCAACUCCCUGUACAGGAGGCAGAGCAGGAGACAGAGAGGAAGCCCGCGGUACACACUUUCGACCCCGAGAUAUUUGACGACAGUGACUUUUACCACCAACAGCUGAGAGAGCUCAUCGAGAGGAAGACAUCGGAUAUCAACGACCCCAUUGCACUUAGCAGGCAGUGGCUAGAAAUUCAGAGACUCCGCAACAAAGUGAAGAGAAAGGUGGAAACAAAGGCAUCCAAGGGGCGAAAAAUCAGAUACCAUGUCCAUCCUAAACUGGUGAAUUUCAUGGCUCCUAAAGAAACCUGUAACUGGUCUGAUGAAGCCAGGGAUGACCUGUUUAAAUCGUUGUUUGGUCAGCGGGGCCCUACAGCUCCCAUCUCCUCAGACGAGAGCAUGGUUGGACGAUGAUGACUCCUCUAAUCACAGAAGAAGACUCGUCAUGGAAACUAAUUGAUGAACAUUGGAUUCUUCGAUUUCAUUACCACCUUAUCUUUCUGUCAUUUCUUGUGUUAAUUUUCUAAAGGCUGAAAAUAAUGUUUUAUACAUUUAUUGAAUUAAAAAUUAUGUCAAACACUG